UAGUAGGACUGAAAAUGAAUAAAAGGUGACAGUCAAAUUUUUUUAAAUAAACAAUUAAUAUAGGAAUAAAAUAGAGUAAGGGUUCUGGGAUUGAAGAUCCCGGUAUUGUUGCAUUGGCAUCACAUCGACGCUAAAAAGAUAAUAUAUGCUAGUAGUAAUAUCAAACGCGGUGUGUUCGAGCGGUUAGGUUCUGUCUCUCUCUCGCGGAGUGGAGUGGAGAGAGAUAGUAGUUGCCAAGAAAAGAAUAGGAAAGGGGGAGAUAGUAUGGCUAUUGAGGAGAAGGAGGUUGUGGAAGCAGCGGCAGAAGUAGAAGAAGAAGAAGAAGAUGUAAUGAUAAAAAUGGGGUCUUACGGUGGGAUGGUGAGAAUGGUUUCAGAAGAGGCCGCAGAGGAAAUAAUGCUACUGUGGGGUAUUCAGCAGCCCACUCUCUCCACCCACAACGCCUUCGUCCGUCAAUCCUCUCUCCAACUCCAUCUCGACGCUUGCGGUCGCUCUCUCACUAUUCUCCAAUCCCCUUCUUCCAUGAGCACUCCUGGAGUAACUGGAGCGGUGAUGUGGGACAGUGGAGUUAUUCUCGGCAAAUUCUUGGAGCAUGCUGUGGAAUCAGAUAUGAUUCUUCUUCAAGGCAAGAAAGUUAUUGAAUUGGGCUCUGGCUGUGGAUUAGUCGGCUGCAUUGCAUCUUUUUUGGGUGCUCAAGUUAUACUUACUGAUUUGCCAGAUAGAUUGAGACUACUGAAAAAGAAUGUUGAGGCUAAUCUAUACGGGGAUGUGCGGGGUUCUGCGGCAGUCACUGAGCUCAUCUGGGGAAAUUAUCUUGACCCAGAAUUAAGCAAUCCUUUGCCUGAUUAUGUGCUCGGUUCAGAUGUCAUCUAUAGUGAGGAAGCAGUGACUGAUUUGUUAACCACCCUACUAGAACUAUGUGGGAGCCAAACAACUAUUGUUUUGGCUGGAGAACUUCGAAACGAUGCUGUCCUUGAAUACUUCUUAGAAGCAGCAAUGAAGGAGUUCACUAUUGGGCGUGUCGAUCAAACGCAGUGGCAUCCAGAUUAUCGCAGCCCACGAGUAGUGAUUUAUGUCCUGGUUAAAAGGUAAAUCAGGGAACAUCAAUAUCACAAAUGGGAGUUCUGUAUGUUAAGCUGGUGAUCCAUCUGUGCUGUUUUGCAUUAUUAUUCAGAGCAGCAAGCUCCAGCCUUUUGCUACAUGACAUUAUAAGAGCAGAAAAUUUCAGUGAUGAUUGCUGCCUGAUGAGUUUUGAUUACAUUGGGAAGGUUCAGUUUCCUGUUUCCAGCAGAAUAUUGAAAGUGACAUAAUGUAUGCUGGUGAAACAAUGUGGGCUAAUUUACUAGCUUAUGUGAGAAUACUAUGUCAGUUUUCUCAAUAUGAACAAGUGUAUCUAAUAUUGUAGUUAACAUAAAUAUUUCUAAUGGUGGUCUCGUGAACGUAUAUUACGAUGCUGAAAUCAGAUAAUUGAAUAGGAAAUGUUUCAUUUUUGGCA